GACUGAUAGCUUUAGUUUAUUAAUACAUACUUUAUCAUAGAUUUGCAUACCCUUUUUGCUCUUUAUUUUGCCAAAAAAUGCGAUGCUGAAGAGAUUUUCCCGACAAAAAUAUCAUGAUGGUAUAUCUUUUCACUGCCAAAUUCUUUUACUUUGCUACCCCAGUGUGCUAUGAGAGUGUUAGGUUCUACAAAGCUGUGCUUUCACGUACUUUGGUGUAUUAAACAAAUGCACUUCUUUAUUCAGCUUCUAAUCUAAAAUUUAAUAGUCGUGAAUUCCUAAAACCAUUUCCUUACUACUAUUAAUUCUCUUCUUUCAUUUAUUUUAUUUUGUAGUAUUCGUUUUUUAUAUUAAUAUCAGAUUAUCUAUCAUUAUAUAGAUAGGUCGAUAGAUAUUAGUGAAGCUUACUUACAAAUUGCCCUCUUAGAGUGAUUGUCUGACCAUUAAUUUAUUUUCACUUAAGAACCAUUGAUAGGUAAAAUUACUUACUUUGUAAUAUUUUCCUAAAUAAGCGUUAGUAUGUCACUUAGCUACGACUUCUUGAAUGUGGCUGAUCAGCUUCAACGCACUUUUUCCGGAUUUACUAAUGACCUGAUCACUGAUGCAAAGGAAAUCAUCCUCCACACAUGUAAAUUAAUACCGCUUCAGGAUAUUGCUGUGUCUUUCAAUGGUGGAAAGGAUUGUGUAGUGGUGGUUGAGCUUCUUCGUGAAGUGCUUGGACUAGAGACACUAAAGAAUAUUACUUUUUUUUUUUUGGAAAACCCGGACGCUGAAUUUCUUGAAAUGACACAGUUUCGAAGCAAGUACUUCAAAGAGCGUUUACAGGGGGUCAAAUUACACAAAAUCGACUCACGAGAUGGAAUGAUACAAGGCAUGUGGAGCGUCAAACGUCAGUUUAAGGUUAAAAUAUUUUUUAUGGGAACCCGAAAGGACGAUCUCUCUGAACCGCCGCCGUAUCCAUGGGAACUCAAUUCUGAAGGAUGGCCAAGCAUGCUGCGUGUGUAUCCAAUCCUGAACUGGUCAUAUGGUGACGUUUGGAAUUAUAUAUUGUCAGCGAGUGUUCCAUUUUGCGUAUUAUAUUCUUGCGGCUACACAUCCCUUGGUGAUUGCCGUUCUACACAGAAGAAUUCGAAGUUAUUAACAAGUGAAGGAGAGUACUCCCCAGCGUGGAUGUUGCAGACAAACGAACAUGAACGGGAGGGAAGAGAGAAAAAUAGAGGGACAAUAAAGGGUCUGUAGGUUCGACCUUCUGUUUUUCCAUGUGAUCUCUAUUAAAGCUUGUGCUAAUUUUCUCACAUUAGGCAUAAAUAUCUAAUACAUUUGCGGCGAAAUAAUCAUUAUAUCAUCAAUUAUUUUUAAUUUAGGCAUCUAUUUGGAUCGCUGCACA